AUGUUCUUCAACACAUCACCAGCGCCCCCUUAUCCUACCCAAAUCACCAUUGUCGGUGCUGGCAUCGGCGGGCUCAUGCUCGCUCGUCUCCUCCAACAAGCCUCCAUCGACGUUGUUGUCUAUGAGCGUGAAAGGGCCAUUACUUCACGCUCCCAAGGUGGCUGUCUCGACAUGCACGACGAUGGUGGACAACUCGCGCUUCGCAAAGCAGGACUGUGGGAGCAGUUUCGAACGACAUGUAGUUUUGAGCCCGACUUGAUGAUGUUACGCGCCAAGGACGGGUCUCUUGCAUUUUCAGAAGAUCAGGUUCAACCCAGUGCCGCCACAGCGCCAAACAACCGUCCAGAGAUUGGGAGACGAGAGUUGAGACAAAUCAUGAUCGACUCUUUGUUGCCUGGGACAAUCAAAUGGGGUCAUAUGCUCAAAGCGGCCGAGCGUGCGCCAGAAGGAGAAGAAGGGUACGCUUGCUCGCUCACGUUUGAACGCGACGAGUCGGAUGGAACCAAGGAGACGGUGAUUGUUCGACCGCAGUUUGUCGUCGGUGCAGAUGGGACCUGGUCACGCAUCCGACCUCUGCUCACGGCCGUCAAGCCAGAAUACAGUGGCGUUUCCUUUGUGGAGAUGGAGAUUGUCAACGUCGAAAAGGCACACCCAACGGUGGCCGGGUUUGUCCGUGGGGGACAUAUGAUGGGACUCGGGGACAGCAAGGCCAUUAUUACCCAACAUAAUGCCGGCGAUAUUGUCAAAGUGUAUGCAGCCUAUCGUGCGCCAGAAACGUGGCUGGGGGAACAGGAUAUCACUACAAGUGGCGAUCCAGAGGCGGUCCGAGGGCGGAUAUUGAAGACGUUUGAUGGAUGGUCCGAGCAACUGUUGGAGAUUAUACGGGCCGUUGAACCAAACUUUGUCGUGAGGCCACUUAUGACACUCGAUCCCGAUCUGACAUGGGCAACGACGCGUGGGAUCACGCUUUUGGGAGAUGCAGCGCAUGUCAUGACGCCGUUUGCGGGCGAGGGGGCCAACCAGGCGCUUCUGGAUGCGGUUGACCUGGGAGAAGUGCUGGUUUCUGUGCUCAAGGGACGCAAGGGAGCGCUCCUCGAGCGGGCUAUAGCAGGGUAUGAAUGCAAGAUGCAAGGACGGGCGCGCAAGGCGUCGAUAGAGUCGAUGUACAACAUGGAUCUAUUUAUCGCAGAGGAUGCGCCCAAACGAGCGGUAGAACGGAUGCGGCUGCUCUUCUCACUGUGGCCUCCUCGACCACUGAUUUUCUUCCGGGCGCUGUACGGGCUGUAUACGUCUUCGUAG